GUAUAAGUGAUGUGUAUUGACAUAGGAUUGAAUAGAUUUGCUAUUAUUCCCAACUCGAAAUUAUAAAAAAGACAAUGGAUAAUGCUAAGUCUAAGGCUACUAGUCCAUGUAGAUUAGUGUACAGUAGCACUAUAACAGAAAUGGAAAUGAAAGACAUACGUUCCUCGAAACACGGAGAGUUAAAUGGCGGCUUUGCUUCGCCAAAACAUGACCAUGCCAGAAGAUCGUUCGACAAAUAUUUGGCAAGUGUUGAUACGGACAAUGCAAAUGAACAAGUUUUAACUCAAGUUACAGAUCUUCAGAAGCUUAUCAAGGACAUCAAGACAAAAGAGACGACAAAAACGGAUAACAUUGAGAAACAGAUAAACGAAGAAUCCAUGGAAAUUGAAACUAUACGACAGAGGCUUCAGUCUGUGACGAAAUCAAAAGAGCAACCGAAAACAGACGACAGAUUGAAGUUCCGAGAAAAAUACAUUAUGUUCUGUGCGACCGAGAGAAAGCAUAUGUGCGAGUUACUUGGUAGUGCAGAUAAAACAUGUGAAAUCUUAAAGGAAUGUUAUAAUCAUUGUGAGAAAUUACAUAAAAGCAAUCGAGAUAGUAUGGUCAAAGAUAAUCUUAUAUCACAAAAAACAGAUCCAAGGGAAUCGGAAGAUAUAUCACAACUACAGAAACAGUUUUCAGGGGAGACGUCAAAGUCUUUGCUACAAAAACUCCGAGACAACAGUUCACCUCCAACUACCCUGUCAACAACAUAUAGUGAUAUAAAGAAACAAUAUGCAGACACUGAUACAAAAGGAACGACUGACCUUUUUUUCGAAAAAGUCUUAGACAUUUGCUGGACGAUGGUGGCAUACUGUCCGCCAAUGAAAUUUUUCUAUGAUAAAUGUAUUAAAGUUGACUGUGAGCAAACAAUAGACUUAACUGAAAAAGUGAGUUCAGAAUCUACAAAGAAAUCAUCUCAGAAGCAAAAGAAACCCAAGCAUCAAGACACAGACCACCUUGAAUUGAAAUAUCCAUCUGUAAUGCAGGGCCAAUGCCUUAUUGCAAAAGGACUAAAACAAAAGAAAGUGUUCGGCAAAUAG